UGAGUCGUGAUUUCAAUCCUUGUACUGGACUUACACGACAAGGCUCCUUUUCUAAAGAACCCUAACGUCUGUAUCCGGAUAUCGGUAGUUCUCUUGGCUCUCACCUGCGAACUAUUGCUAUAGUACCACGCGUUGUGAUAAACCGAAACCAAGAUCGAAAUGGGUUCCAUCGAAAUGACCAAUGUCGAAGAGCUGGACGCCCUUAUCAUUGGGGCGGGUUUUAGCGGUGUAUACCAACUCAAAAAGUUGCGUGAUGAAGGCUACAAAGCCAAAAUAGUCGAGGCCGGCGAUGGCUAUGGCGGCAUAUGGUACUGGAACCGCUACCCAGGUGCUCGUGUCGACAGCCACGCACCUCACUACCAGUUCUCCGACCCCGAACUCUGGAAGAACUGGCAUUGGAAGCAACGAUUUCCCGGCCACGCAGAGCUACGGGAAUACUUCGACUUCGUGGCAAAGAAGUGGGACUUAAGAAAAGACACAUACUUCAAUACUUAUAUCACUUCAGCCCAUUGGGAUGAGACCGAGUAUAAGUGGAUCAUCAAGGCUAAGGAUGGUCGAACCUUCAAGACAACAUUCUUCUUACCACAUACUGGAAUCGCUGCAAGUAGAGCAGUCCCUGACUGGAAAGGAAUAUCCUCUUUCAAGGGCUUGAUUGUUCAUUCAUCGUAUUGGCCACACGAUGAGCCCGAGCUAAAAGGCAAGAAGAUUGCCACCGUUGGGACUGGCUCCACUGGCGUCCAGAUGUCCCAUGCCAUUAGCAAGGUGGCAGAUGAGCUCGUCGUCUUCCAACGCACACCCGCCAUGCCAUUGCGCAUGAGGCAGAUCGACUAUGCCGAUGACGAGGAAUCUAUUCCCAAGUCGGAGCAUGAGGACUUCUUUAAGACUCGUUCCGUUGGAUAUUGGGGAUUCGACUUCAACCCCAUGCCAAAGAAUACCUUUGACGACGACGAAGCUUCACGAAAAGCCACAUAUGAGUCUCUGUGGAAAGAAGGCGAUUUUACGUAUUGGCUCGGCAACUACGCAGACACGCUAUUUAGCACCGAGGCCAACCACGAGGUCUACAAGUUCUGGCGAGAGAAGACCCGGGCUCGAAUCAACGACCCGAGACUCAAGGAGCUCCUCGCCCCCACAGAGCAGCCGUAUCCAUUUGGCUGUAAGCGAGUUCCUCUCGAGCAAGGUUACUUCGAGAUGUUCAACAAGCCCAACGUACAUCUAGUCGAUGUAAACGAUACCCCCGUCGUCGAGGUAACCGAGAAGGGCAUCCGAACAACAGAGAAGGAGUUUGACUUUGAUGUAAUCAUCCUCGCGACAGGCUUCGACGCCGUCACUGGCGGUCUAACCACGAUCGAUAUCCGCGGCAUCGGCAACCAAAGCCUAAAAGAGAAAUUCUCACAACACGGCCCCACAACCUACUGCGGGAUCUGCGUCUCCGGCUUCCCGAACAUGUUCUUCUCGUACGGGCCACAGGCGCCGACGGCGUUCUGCAACGGACCCACAUGCGCGGAGCUGCAGGGAGACUGGAUCGCCGACGUGAUGAACAGCCUGCGCCGCGCUGGAAUCAGCAGCAUCGUCGCCGAUGAGGCUAGCGAGAAAGCCUGGGUCGACCAUGUUGAGAGCGUGGCGUAUGCGUCGCUGCUGCCGCAGGCUAAGUCUUGGUACAUGGGCGACGGCAUCCCCGGGAAGCCAAGAGCGUCGCAGAUGUACCUGGGCGGCGUGCCGAAUUACCACGCGAAGCUGAAGAGCUGCGCGUCGAGCGGGUAUAAAGGGUUCCGAUUCGAGGGCUUGAAGGUAUGAUGUGAUGUGUAUAUAUAUGAUGGUCUUAGCUUAGGACAGCGCCGUAUUUAUAAAUAUAAACACGAUUAUAUCUCUGCUAAGCAGUCUGAAUUGUUACCUAGGAUUUGAGAGAUUAGUGACUUUUACACAUAGUAGGCAAUAAGAAACCUAGUUGCGAAUAUGUUUCUCUUUGUUCAAAUAGAUAGGUAACGUUUGGUCGGAGUUUGGUGUUAUUGUUGUUUGCUCGAAUCCAGCGAUAGCAAUCUCUAGAUAGAAGGGUUAGCUACUAAAUCCCCUGUAAUCACAGGGACUUAGAUACUGCACCGCGCUAAAUAUACG